GCCUUCACUCUCAUGGACGUCCAGCCUUCCCAUGCAAACAGCCGGCUAAAGACUGUUAGCUUUCGGAGAUAUCAUGUGAAAAUAUCUCUCUGAACAUGAGUGCCGUCGACACUUAAACAACAGUACCGGAGCAGGCAGCAGCUGUAAGGGAUGGACACCUGGACGCCCAACCCACGGGCGAAGCCCUUCAUCCCUCGGCAGCAGCGCAGCUUCUACCUUACAUGGAAAUACAAACUCACCAACAAAAGGGCCAUCCGCAGACUCUGCCAGGCAGGAGCAGUGUUAUUCUUGUUGGUUACAGUACUUGUGAAUAUAAAACUUAUUCUUGACACAAGAAGAGCUGCAAGUGAGGAAGAUGCCACACGGGACUACGAUGAUGCCUUGGCCAACAUGGAGACCCCACGAAGACCGGCCAGUGGGCGCAAGGUGUUGGACAUUGAGGUGUACUCUAGUCGCUCCAAGGUGUAUGUGGCAGUGGAUGGUACCACAGUGUUGGAGGAUGAGGUGCGGGAACAGGGAAGAGGCAUACACGUCAUAGUGCUAAAUCAGGCCACUGGCCAUGUAAUGGCAAAGAGAGUGUUUGAUACCUACUCUCCCCACGAGGAUGAAGCUAUGAUCCUCUUCCUUAACAUGGUCACUCGUGGUAGAGUCCUCAUCUUCACUAUCAAGGAUGAGGGAACCUUCCAUUUAAAGGAUGCUGCUAAAAACCUGUUGAAGGGCCUGGGCAGCCAGGUGGCAGCCACUCUGAGUUGGAGAGAUAUGUGGGCUCUGGUUGUGAAGAAAGGAGGCCAGGUUUAUGGGGAGAAGCACUCAAAGUCACCUGCUCUUUCUACCUGGGGAGACCCUGUUCUGCUGAAAACUGAAGUUCAGCUCACUGCUGCUGAAGAGGCCGAGUGCCACUGGGCAGAUACAGAGCUGAACCGUAGGAGGAAGCUUUUCUGCAGUAAAGUGGAGGGCUACGGCAGCAUCUGCAGCUGCAAAGAUCCGGCACCCAUAGAGUUCAACCCAGAACCACUACCCAACAAUAAUGUGUACAAUGUCCCAGUUGCUGUUAUUGCUGGAAACAGACCCAACUAUCUCUACAGAAUGCUGCGCUCUCUCCUCUCCUCCCAUGGUGUGAACCCACAGAUGAUCACUGUUUUCAUUGAUGGAUAUUAUGAGGAACCUAUGGAUGUGGUGGAACUGUUUGGUCUUAAAGGAGUUCAGCACACACCCAUCAGCAUUAAGAAUGCCCGUGUGUCACAGCACUACAAAGCCAGCCUGACAGCAACUUUCAAUCUACAUCCGGAUGCAAAUUUUGCCAUUGUCUUGGAGGAGGACCUGGAUAUUUCCAUAGAUUUCUUCAGCUUUCUCAGUCAGACCAUUCAUUUGCUGAAUGAAGACGAGAGCCUCUAUUGUAUCUCAGCCUGGAAUGACCAAGGCUAUGAGCACACAGCAGAGGACCCUUCACUGCUCUACAGAGUGGAGAGUAUGCCUGGGCUCGGUUGGGUGCUCAAAAAGAGCCUAUACAAGGAUGAGCUGGAGCCUAAGUGGCCCACUCCUGAGAAGCUGUGGGACUGGGAUAUGUGGAUGCGAAUGCCGGAACAGAGGAAGGGGAGAGAGUGCGUCAUUCCCGAUGUCUCACGCUCCUAUCACUUUGGCAUUAUUGGCCUUAACAUGAACGGUUACUUCCAUGAAGUGUAUUUUAAGAAGCACAAGUUUAACACCGUCCCAAAUGUUCCGUUAAAAAAUGUUGACAGCUUGAAAAAGGAUGCAUACGAGGUAGAGAUCCAGAAUCUGUUACGUGAGGCGGAGGUUUUGGACCACAGCAAAAACCCUUGUGAAGACUCAUUUGUCCCAGACACUGAGGGCAAGACUUACGUCAUGUUUAUCAAGAUGGAGCAGGAGUCUGACACCAGCACCUGGACUGAACUGGCUAAGUGCCUGCAUGUGUGGGACCUAGAUGUGCGAGGCUAUCACAGAGGAUUGUGGAGGCUCUUCAGAAAGAAGAACCAUAUCCUUGUAGUGGCUGUUCCAAUCUCACCUUACUCCAUUAGGAAACCUACUCAUGUUACCCCUAUUCAUCUGGAGCCUCCACCCAAAGAGGAGGGAGCCCCAGUGGAGCAGAUGUAGAGCAGCUGCAGCCUGCUCCCACACCGCCUCUGAUUGCAGGCCACACUCGCACUGGACCUGCAUUGGCCCUGUGCUGGGAGAACCUCCUCCCUUAAGGCCACACAGGAAAGCUGGAGUAGCUAAUACAGCUCCCCCUUCUUCACUACAGUAACGAAUCUGUGCUGCUCGUAUGGACUAUAAGGCCUUACAUUAUGUGAGGUUAGGAUUUUUGGUGAAUGGAAAAGCUGAGUGAAGCUCGGCCAGUUACUGCAAACAGUUACAGUAUGUAUUAGGAACUGUGCAGUGUUUGAAGAGUCAUGUGUGCAUCAUGUAUUCUGUUAGAAAAGAGCUGGUCAACAUUUCAUAGUUUUGAUUUGGUACCAUAAAAAAUGGCUGAGCCACCUCGAGAGAAUAAUUAUGAACAAAGAAAAAGCCAAAUCCAGAUAAGAAAGGAACAUUUGUCGAAAAGGGAAUGACUGUAUUUUACUAUUUUUUAACACUACUGAAUGCUUCUGGUUUUACUGUACAUACAUUUUAACUUAAAACUAUUUAUUUUGACAGUUUAUUGUUAGAGAGUUCAUUUUCUUUGAGAACAAUGUACUUAGAAACAAAGGCCUAACAUUGUUUACAAAUAAUAUGAAGUUCUAUAGUCAUAUAUUUUUUAAAUAAAAAUGAUCAUUUGUCAUACAUUUUUCAUUUGAGAGGUGAUUGGUACUAGAUACUAGAUUGUAAUAGGAGCAGCUUUAUCACUUGUUCCUCCUAAGGCUGGUUGAGAGAAUAUGUGGUGCUUUUGUCAAAAUAUGCAUCAUUACCUCAGGAGAUAUUUUUUAAUUCAAGACUGUGUAAAGAUGUAGUCCAUCAGUAAUUUAAAGUGGCCAAGCAUAGAAAUGGAAAUUACUACAUUCAUUUAUGUCCUGUGCUUUACAACCAUCUGACCCCAAACACUCCAUCCCAGCAGAUGAGAAUACCUGAGGUUAUGUGGUAUAGUUUGAUUAGUGGAGCUCUUUGUCUGUUUAGCUCUGAAUAUUGUAUAUUGACAGGCAAUGGAGAGGACUAAUGUUUUAUCAGU